AAGUAAUUCCAUGCAAUCUAUUGUUUAGUAGCAUGCCUAAAUCAUGGUUUAUGGCUAUUAUAUAAACCCACAAGAGUUUCCUAUUUCUCUUGUGCAAACACAACAAAAGAGUUUUUUGAUUCUUGAUCUGGUAAUUGCUAGACCAACCCAUGGAUCCCUCUAAGCAAUUGGUCCAUGAAAAGAAACCAAAAUGGGAAGGAAAGGCUUGUGCGGAGCUACAAGGUAGCAAAGCAGAACAAGUAUGGCCUCUCUUGGAAGAUUUCUUUGGCCUAAACAAGUGGUUUCCAACUCUCACCACCUGCUUGCCUAUUGAAGGCAUCUCUGGCCAACCGGGCUGCGUGCGCUAUUGUUCUGGCUUUAGAACACCAGUCAACAGUGGUGAUGAGAUUGUGAAUUGGACUAAGCAGAAACUCCUAUCCAUCGAUCCAAAAAAUAUGACUUUUAGCUAUUCCAUAGUAGAUGGAAAUGUUGGGUUCAACUCUUAUGUGUCGACAGUUAAAGUGGUGCCCCGUGGGGAGCAGGGGUGUGACAUUGAGUGGCGCUAUGAGGUUGAGCCAGUACAAGGGUGGCAACCACAGGAUUUGGAUUGUUUUAUUGGGUCAGGUUUGCAAGUCAUGGCUCAAAGAAUGGAGGAAGCUAUUCUUGCUACUAUUGAAAGUAAUUGAUGCCAUUGUUAAAGUUCUUGUUUCUCAUAUUUGGUGGUUGUUGUACUAGUUUUUGUUAUGUUCAUCAGUGAGUCUUGCAAGCAGGUUUUGCUCUCUCAAAGUGGCAUAUACAAGGCUAUUCACUUAAACAUCACCUUUUUUUUUGUUUGUUUUAAUUAGAUAUAUUUUAGUAAGUUUUCUAGUUGUGUAUUUCUGUUUCAUGAUCUUGGUACGGAGAUCUAAUGAUGGAGGUUUAUAUGUUA